AAAAAAAUAUAUUUUUUUUCGGGCUAGAUUUCCCUAAAAAUGCCUUAAUAAGUUAUGCGCCAAAGCUGGCGCACGUAAUACAGCCGGCGCAUCUCCCUUGAAUCAUACGCGCCAAGGCCUUAAAACAUAACACGCGCGGGCCGCCCCGGUCGGGCUGGUCAGUGAGGCAUAUACCCUGAGUGAGGCAGUUUUGCAGCUAGGCGUCCUCUUAAUUUUUGUUUUACAAAAGCCAUGGCAUCUGUAUUUGGAGUCUGUUCGUAUUUUCAAGACGAUAACAAGCUUAUCCGGAGAGGAGAGCUUGCAUUAAAAGCUUCUCAUUUGCUUACCUUUGACUAUGAUCCAGACAUUGGUUCGUGUAGAGCCAAGGUUCAAGCUAGCAUGAAGAAGAAAGCGUACACAGUGGAGAUUACCGUAGACAAGGAAGGUAAUAUUCUGGAAACAUUAUGUGAGUGCCCACGAGGCCAGUCAAAGUGCCACCACAUGGCGACUGUUGCACUGUUUUCUUCUCAGAACAGCUCAUCUACCAGCAAGCCUUGCACUUGGAGCCAGCCAAAAACAGCAAAGGAGCCAGCAUCGUCAGUGCCAGCAGAUGCCUUCUUGCCGCUAGGGAGCAUAGCGGAGAUGGACAUCGCAUGGAUGAAGGAAGAGCUGCAGCGCUUAGAGCCAUGCCAUCUGAGCUGGAUCUCAAAGCCAUGUGAAGAUCAAGACCCACAUAUCAGAUAUCUGGACGUUUCAGAGUGUUGUGCUACGGUUGGCUACAACAGUCUUGGUGCUGAAGAAAUCGCCGUCAUAGAGCGCGCAACGAAGGGCCAGCGCACCAACCCCAACUGGAGUCGCGCCCGAAAAGGGCGGCUCACGGCGAGCAACUUCGGAGCGGUGUUAAAAGUGAGAGGACGAAAGCCUUCGGCGUCCCUGCUUAAAACGCUGACCGCGGGGAAUUUCCUAGGGAGGGUUGCUGCUAUUCAGUGGGGCGUGACCCACGAGAAAGACGCGAUCGAACUAUUUGAGAAACACUUUGAUGUGAAGGUAGACCAGUCGGGAAUAUGGCUACAUGAAUCGGGGGUGCUCGGAGCAUCACCAGAUGGUAUGAUCGGUGCUUCCGAGAUCAUCGAAGUGAAAUGUCCCUUUUCUGCACGGGGUGGCCUCUUCAAAAAGAUCGAUGAGGGGAGUUUCUACAUAAAACGCAGUACUGAGGCAGUGGAUGAAAACCAAGAAUACUACCUGGAUGCUACGUGUGACCCUGGCUCCGCAUACUACCACCAGGUGCAGGGGAAUCUAUGCCUGACUGGUCGGGAUGUGUGCCAUCUGGUAGUGUGGGCGCCGGGCGAAAUGGUUGUGGUCACCGUUCGUAAAGAUCCGGCUUGGGCGCAAAACCUCGACACGCUCAUUGCAUUCUUUGAUGAGCAUAUGCGCCCUGAUAGGACCGUGACCAGGGCGAACAGUCCGCUACUGUUAUGUGUUUUACGUGAGGGUGAACCUAGCGAGGAGUAGAACGCAGAAGGCGCUGUGAGGCGCCUUUCCUUUCUCGCAGCUUCCACAUUGUUAGCUCCCUCGACUGGUGCUCAGGGAUUCGGUUGUGAUGUAACUGACAUAUGGCUGUGGAGCAAUACAUAUA